AUGGACAGAGAUAAAGAAAUGAAGACGUCUUAUGAAGCCGAAUUCAACAAACUAAAAGUAUCUAAAUUCAUUUCAAGAGCAGAUACAUCUUUUGGUGGUAUCUACACUAUCCUGCCCCAUCACCCGGUUGUAAGGAGAGACAAAACAACCAGCAGAGUCAGGCCUGUUUUCAAUGGUUCGGCAAAACCGAAAACAGGUUUCAGCGCCAACGACUGCCUAGAAGAAGGACCCAAUCUGAACCCGGACAUUCUUGACGUGAUGUUACUGUUUAGGCUCAAUCAAAUCGCCUGGACAGCUGAUAUCAGACAAGCCUUCCUCAUGGUGAAGCUACUGAAAGAAGACGCGGAAGCGCUAAGAUUUUAUUUAGAAGACGAAGACGUCCCAGGAUCGCUGCAACUAUACAAAUGGAACAGGCUUCCAUUCGGACUAACAUGUAGCCCGGCAGUGCUAAGGAUCGUCUUAAAGAAACACUUGGAGUCCUAUGAAGGCGAGCUAGCAGAGAGCAGUCAACAGAUCCUACGCCACCUAUAUGUAGACGACUACUUAUCAAACGCGUCUACAGUAGAAGAAGCAAUGGCCGUAAUCGGAACUGUUCUGAAACUUUUUGCAGACGCAAAAAUGGACCUAAGAAAAUGGGUAACAAACAACAGUGAGCUGCGUAGAUAUCUACUAAAACAGAAUUUAACAGAAGACUCAGCCAAUUCACACUCGUGUCUUAAUCUAGACCCGCAGAAAGUGCUUGGUGUAAGGUGGAAUACAAGCACGGAUUGCUUUUAUUUCAAGUCGGAUGUGAUUGUAGACGCAGCUGCAAAAGUGAAAAUUUUAACGAAGAGAUUCUUCGCCAAGAUUUCAACGAAACUGUACGACCCACUUGGAUUAAUUGGACCCGUCACACUACAAUUCAAACUUUUAUUUCAAGAAUUGUGGCAAAUAAAGAUUGGAUGGGACGAUGAAGUACCCAAAGAGACGGAGAUCCAGUUCAGAGAAAUAGUAGAAGACCUAAAAGCAAUUGAGAAGAUACAAGUGCCAAGAAUGAUUUCUUUGGCACCAAACAAGCACAUGCAAGAGUUGCACAUAUUUUGCGACGCUUCAACAAAAGCAUAUGGUGCAGUGGCUUACGCGAAAUCGCAACAUCCAAAUUUCGUCCGCCUAAUUUGUUGCAAGACAAGAGCAGCGCCACUUCCGAAGAAUGAAGUAUCGCUACCGAGACUAGAAUUGCUUAGUGCCGAGCUCGGUAGCGUUUUAGCUGAAAGAAUUGUCAAUGCAAUUGACAAGGUCCAAUGGAAAGUGCAUCUUUGGACAGACUCAAUGGCAACGUUAGGAUGGAUAAGAGGUGAGCCAACCCGUUGGAAAAUGUUUGUCAGAAACAGAGUUGAGGCUAUUAGGAGCAGGUCCAACCCAGAAAAAUGGAGACACUGCCCUGGGAAAGACAAUCCAGCAGACUACGCAUCAAGAAGAACCACAGUCAAGAAAUUGAUUGCGGCUUCUUUUUGGUGGGGAGGUCCAUCCUGGCUGAUUUACGAAGAAAAAGAAUGGCCGCAACAAGGAAAUCUGACAUCAGAAGAAAUACAAUCGAUGGAGACUGAAGCAAAAUCCAAGACAAGAAUCGAAAGUCUUGCAGUUAGCAACACCCUGGAUUGGUUUGAUGCAUUGACAUCACGAGUAAGCAGUUAUUUGCGGUUCCUAAGAACAAUCGCCUGGAUGUUUAGGCUCUUUAGGAAGAAUUCUCUUAGCAAAGCAAUGGAAUUGGUCAGAGGAAAGGAGAUCCCAUGUCUUUCUGUCCACGAAAUCGCUACUGCCGAAAACUUUAUCUUGAAGUCUAUCCAGAAAAGGGCAUUUCCAGAAAUCUACGAAUCGCUUCAACGUGGAAAGCCGCCUGACAGACUGCUACACAACCUGGAAACCCUGAGACCUAUUUGGGAUGCGCAAGACAAAUUGAUUCGAGUGACUGGACGAGUAGGUCCAGCCUUAAAGGAAUUGCUGAUCGACCCGCCGAUUCUUCUCCCAGCAGGCGAGAAGAUUGUGGACAUGAUGAUCCAAUAUCAUCAUGUCAAACGAAAACAUGCCGGUGUCCAAAAUACUCUGACGUUUCUACGAAAUCGUUUUUGGAUAAUUCGUGCCCGCCAACGGAUCAAAAGUGUCAUCAAACAGUGCGUAAAGUGUCAAAGAGUGCAGUCGCGUCCCUUCAACGAAGAAACAGCUUCAAUGCCCUUGGAUCGUACCAAGAGAGCACAACCCUUUGAAGUUAUCGGGAUUGACUACUUCGGACCGAUGUAUGUCUUAGAAGAAGUCAUCCUAAUAGAAAAAGACAGUGAAGGGAACGAUAUCGAAAAAACUCGUGUAGGAGAAAAGAAAGUGCAUGCGUGUUUGUUUACUUGUGCCGUCACAAGAGCUGUGCACUUGGAGCUCGUGACCGACUUAACCGCCCAGACUUUUAUGCACGCGUUGAGAAGAAUGAUGUCGCGUAGAGAGGAUUGCAAAAUUAUCUACAGUGACAACGCGUCAACAUUUACAUGUGCGGCAAAACUGAUAUCAGAAGAUCCUACCCUAGCCAAUUGGUUGUCAAGCAAGGGUAUUACAUGGAAAUUCUCCCCCAGUCUAGCUCCAUGGUGGGGCGGGUUCUGGGAGAGAAUGGUGCGCUCCGUGAAAGAACCGUUAAGGAAAGUGUUGGGGAAAAUGAAGGUGAGCUACGACCAGCUUCAUACCAUUUUGGUCGAAAUCGAAGCUAUCGUGAACUCACGGCCUCUCACUUAUGUGUCUGAAGACGCACAAUCCUUUGAAGUUUUAUGUCCGCAAAAGCUGCUGACUGGAAGGCAACCUGGUGCCACAACAGAGUCACCCGACUCUACGAAAAUGAGCCGCGACGAGCUUAUCGAGUUAGAUAAGAAAAGAAGCGAGCACGCACUAACAUGGUGGAGGCUUUGGCAAGAUUCGUACCUGUCCGACCUUAAGCGAUUUUAUUGUCGCAAGGGUAAGGGUACGAGAAUCCCACGUGUUGGCGAAGUCGUCUUACUAAAAGAGCCGAACAUCAAGCGAAUUUCAUGGCCGACGGCCAUUGUUACUGAACUUGUUCCCGGCUACGACGGCAAAGUAAGGGCUGUUACCCUACGGCUACGAUCGGGAAAAGAAACCACCCGAGGCAUCCAGACUGUCUAUCCUCUAGAAGUGCAAGCCGAUAUCGACACAAUGCUCGACGACGCUGAAGCCAGCAAAAAGGAGACCACGACUUCCAAGAAGAAGAAGAAUCCACUCCGCAAGAAGAAAUUGGAAUCGCAGGAGGGAGCUGGCGAUUCCGGCGGGGAGGAUGUUGUGGAUUCUAAAGAAGACAACAACUACGGGGUUUCCAGAUUUGGAAGACCCGUCAGAAGACCUGCGGUGUUUGACAUUUAG